AUGAAGUAUAUCGGGGUAAUAGUAGUGGUAUUUUUGAAAAUUCUUUGUUCUGAAAGUAGAAUGCUGCCGAUCAACUAUGUGACCAUCAAUCCUAAUAUUUAUGAGCCUACGUCAGUUCGGAUGCGUCCUCAAUCUGCUGAGAGUGAAGAGAACCCACAUGAAAAAGUAAUUGGACUGCGGGAACCAUAUGAAGAACAAGACACUGAAGAAUAUUUUGACUACGACAGACAGCCCAGCCCCACUGAAACUACCAGCAAACCGUGUGCUGUCGUGGUCUUAUCCAACAUGCAGAACCCAAAUAUGCAGUCGCUGUUACGCAAAUAUAGAUAUGACGCAAAUGGUGUGCUGAUACCAAGCAGUGUGAAAUACUUCAUUAAGUUGCCCCAAGGUCUUCGAGCAUCGCCUAUCCUCGUGCCUUUGAACGACAAGGCUUUUUCACCUUUAGGCGGAUUUGUGAGGUACUACAAAGAAGUUCCACCGAUUCCCCAUGCUUGGUGA